GCCUCGGCGCCCCGGCCCGUCCCGUCCCCUGCGCCCGGAGCGCGCGGCGCCGGAGCGGCCUCGCCAUGGGCGCGCGCAGGGACUCGGUGUGGAAGUACUGCUGGGGCGUGCUGAUGGUUUUGUGCCGAACUGCGACCUCCAGGUCCCUAGUUUUAGAGCCUAUCUAUUGGAAUUCCUCCAACUCCAAAUUUCUACCUGGACAAGGACUGGUACUAUACCCACAGAUAGGAGACAAAUUGGAUAUUAUUUGCCCCAAAGUGGACUCUAAAACUGUUGGCCAAUAUGAAUAUUAUAAAGUUUAUAUGGUUGAUAAAGACCAAGCAGACAGAUGCACUAUUAAGAAGGAAAAUACCCCACUGCUCAACUGUGCCCGUCCAGACCAGGAUGUGAAAUUUACUAUCAAGUUCCAAGAGUUCAGCCCUAACCUCUGGGGUCUAGAAUUUCAGAAGAACAAAGAUUACUACAUUAUAUCUACAUCAAAUGGGUCUUUGGAGGGCCUGGAUAACCAGGAGGGAGGGGUGUGCCAGACAAGAGCCAUGAAGAUCCUCAUGAAAGUUGGACAAGAUGCGAGUUCUGCUGGAUCAACCAGGAAUAGUGGUCCAACAAGACGUCCAGACCUAGAAGCUGGUACAAAUGGAAGAAGUUCAACAACAAGUCCCUUUGUAAAACCAAAUUCAGGUUCGAGCACAGACGGCAACAGCGCCGGACAUUCGGGGAACAACCUCCUCGGUUCCGAAGUGGCCUUAUUUGCAGGGAUAGCGUCAGGAUGCAUCAUCUUCAUCGUCAUCAUCAUCACGCUCGUGGUCCUGCUGCUCAAGUACCGCCGACGGCACCGCAAGCACUCGCCCCAGCACACGACCACGCUGUCUCUGAGCACCCUGGCCACGCCCAAGCGUGGCGGCAGCAACAACGGCUCGGAGCCCAGUGACAUUAUCAUCCCGCUCAGGACUGCGGACAGCGUCUUCUGCCCGCACUACGAGAAGGUGAGCGGGGACUACGGGCACCCGGUGUACAUAGUCCAGGAGAUGCCCCCGCAGAGCCCCGCCAACAUUUACUACAAGGUCUGAGGCCCGGUACCUUCGCCUCCCAGACCCGGUGGCCGCCGCCUGGUCAUCGCCUGGCCGCCUGGCCUGACUGAGCCCGGCCGUGGAGCGGGCAGAGCCUCGCACUGGAGGAGCCCGGAGCUGGACAGCUUUCUCGUCUGUGGCAUCUCGGCCUCCGUGAGCGCACACCUCCCCGGGAGCUGGAAGACUGUGGCCGCAGGUGCCACUUGGGCGGAUGGCAGCGCGCGUCUCCAAGCCCCGAGCCGCGGUCACGCACGCCUCGCUGGAGCCCAGGGGACACGAGGGCCUGCGGACAGCGCCGGGCGUCGUCACCCAGCUUUUCUGCUCGGGGUUCCCCGCCGGGCAUGUGGACUUGUCACUCGGACCUCGGGCCAAGUGAGGCUUCCCGAGAUGGCUCGCUAGUGUUUAGUCCUCACUGUCUCACUCCCGUGCCCCGGGCUCCGCUGCACCCCGCUGAGCCCCUCACCCCACAUCCUGCGUCUGAAUGGGACACAACACGGGUGGCCCACCCCGGAUGAGCAGGGUCCCUUUUCCUGUCGGAAAGCCGGAGGAUCCCCAGCCGGCUGGGCUGUCAGCGAGGAAGAGGAGGAGCAGGUGGGAAGGGCUGGCUGCCCGCGACCCGGCUUGGGAGGAGGGAAAGGGGCAUGGUCAGGGCCCUCGGGCUUUCGGGCACAGGGAGACAGCGAGCCUGGGGGGCAUCGCGGGCGGCAGGGAGAGGCGGGCAGGGCAGGGAGACUAUCGAGGUACUGGCAAUAAGACGCACAGCUCUGGAGCUUAGGGAGUCGGUCUGCUUAGGCUGAGGUGGAAGCAGACCCAGCUGCUAUACUUACCGCAUUUUAGGAAACACAGGGAGCGCAUUUAGAGUCGCAGAGAGCCAAACCUGACCUAGACGUUGACAAGCCAAAGGUCCAGCUGGCUGUGGUUGUCAGUAACGAAUUCUCAGACACACAAAGGCAGGUGGGAUCCCCUGUCCCCAGACCCGCCCGGCCUCCCCGUGAGCCUUACACACUCCGGUCGACGGUGCUGUCCACGGCCAGCGCGCACGGCUUCGGGGAGGGUGGGCUCUAAGCGAAGCACACAGCAAACCUCUCAGAGUCCUUAAGACGGAAGUCAAUGAUGAUGUCAAGGGGAGGAGGAAGAUAGGGCGUAUUUAUAAUAGGUAUAUAGAACGCAGGGGAUAUAAGAUGAAAGAUUUUUACUAAUAUAUAUUUUAAGAUUGCACACAGUACACACCAGAAGAUGUGAAAUUUAUUUGUGGCAAUUAAGCAAUCCUGAGGCUCAGUGCUUUAAAAAAUUUUUUAAAAAUUGGACUGCUCCCGGGGAAAAAAAUACCACUCCAAAAAUAACAAUAAUGAGAGCUAAUAGGAAAAUGAGAGUCCUCCGAAGCAUCCCAUGGAACUGUAGACUAGGAAAUGAAAGCCCCAACACCAGGAAACCAGUGUGACUUAGCGUGUUUGACAAGGACAAGAUGUCCUCCCACCCAUCAUCUCCGUGGGGUUUUUCCUUGCCUCAUGGGUGGAACAUUCUCUAAAAUCCAGCAGGUCACCCAGAGGGGGCUCCAGGUCAUAGCAGCUGUGACCCCUCCUCCUCCUUCCCCUACCCCGUCCCUGCCUGUCCAGAAACCAGAAGAGUCAACAGGAAACCUACUUUUUAUGUGCUAUGCAAAACAGACAUCUUUAACAGAGUCCUGUUACUAUGGUAACGCUUUGCUUUCUGAAUUGGGAGUAGAAAAAAAAAAUGCAGCGACAGCGUUUGAAGGUUCUCAGACCUCCAGGGAGCACCUGCAAGAACGAGCUGUCACAGAAAUGAUUAUUCCCCAUGCCCUCAACCUGAAAAUGUUGGUCCAAAGUGCGUGUGUGUAUGUGCGAGUGGGUGUGUGGUGUACCUGUGUACAUAUAUGUAUAAUAUAUAUCUCCAGUAUAUAUUAUAUAUAUCUAUAUCAUAGUUCUGUGGAGGGUUGCCAUGGCGACCGGCUGCAGUACAUAUGUAAUUCUUUCCGUCGCUCCAACCUCUCCUUUCUGUGCAUUCAUACAAGAUUUUCUUGUAAGCCAUCAGAAGUUCCUUGUAGGAGUGGGGAGAGGGGCGAGGAGAGGAACAUGGGAAAAUGUCUGAUUUUAAUGAAAUCAAGCGUGUGUAUCCCCGGUUGGCCACCUUUGAGUUAUGUGCUAAACUGUGAAAAAGGAAAAUCAGAUGAACCGAUGAAGAGUUAGCCACCACCAGUUGAAGAAAAGGAAGUGUUCUGUGAGUCUGUUUUGUGUCUGGUGCAAAAAAUGACAAUCCGCCAACUGUCCCCUUAUUCGGAGUUGGCUCCGCUUUGGAAAGUUACUGUAAAUGCCUUGCUUGUAUUCUGGUCACCCGGCUUCGGGAUCGCACCGUCAUGUUUAAGUGAAGAAGGUGUAAAUAGGUUCCGAAUUUACUGUCCUUGGAUUUGGGGUGUUACAGUAGCCUUAUUCAAGUUUUUAAUAAAAAAAUACACAUGAAAACAAGACAGAAAUGGCUUUUCUUAUCCAGAUUGUGUACAUAGAGCAAUGUUGGUUUUUUAUAAAGUCUAAGCAAGAUGUUUUGUAUAAAAUCUGAAUUUUGCAAUGUAUUUAGCUACAGCUUGUCUAACGGCAGUGUCAUUUCCCCUUUGCACUGUAAGAGGAAAAUAAGGUAUAAAAGGUUGCCAAAUUGCUGCAUAUUUGUGCCGUAAUUAUGUACCAUGGAUAUUUAUUUAAAAUUUCGUUGUUCAAUUUGUAAGUAACACAGUAUUAUGCUUGAGUUAUAAAUAUUUUUUUCUCCCUUCGUUUUAUUCAAAUAGCCCGUCCUAGGUUUCGAUCUGCUUUAGUUCCACAUCGCAGUCAGCCCCCAGAACACAAGCUCCGUGAAGCCGCACUCCUCGUCUGUUUCAAACUGAAUUUGUUCUUAAAAAAA